CACCCUUUGGGAUUUUAUCAGCUCAGUUUCACUUUUGCUCCUGACUUUAAAUAAAGAUGCAUGUGCUGGCUAGUCUUAUGUCAACUCCACACAAGCUCUGGUCAUCUGAAAGGAGGGAACCUCAAGUAAGAAAAUGCCUCCGUAAGAUUGGUCUGUAGGAGGCCCAUCACUUGGACUGACAAGUCGGCUUUCCUGAGCACCAUGUCGGGUUCUUCUAGUGUCACCGCCAUGAAGAAGGUGGUUCAGCAGCUCCGGCUGGAGGCCGGGUUCAACCGAGAGAAUGUUUCCCAGGCAGCUGUAGACUUGAAACAGUUCUGUCUGCAGAAUGCCCAACAUGACCCUCUGCUGACUGGAGUGUCUUCAAGUAGAAAUCCCUUCAGACCCCAGAAAGUCUGCUCCUUUUUGAGUCAAGUAUCUUAAGGUUUCUCAAACCACUUUUCAUGAACCAGUAACUGUUUAAGAGAACUACAUCUUGAAGUCUGUACAAAAGCCUGUAACACAUGCCAUAACAUACAAUCUUCUGCUUGUCAGUUCUUAACAUCUGCCUCUCUGAAUCUUCAUGGAUUUCUGUCUCACAAGGUUGAAUUAUUUUAUAUACGAUGGCUGUAGCAUACAAUAAAACAGCAUACAAAAAAAAAAAAUUGGUCUGUAGGCAGGCCAGUAAUAAAGUGUUUCAGAAUUAGUGAUCAAUGGAGGAGGGCAUUGUGGAUGCUGCCACUCUGGGUUGGUAGUUCUGGGUUCUACAAGAAAGCAGGCCUAAUGGAGUCAUUUGGCUCAUGCCUUUAAUCCUAGCACUCUGGAAGCAGGGGCAGGUGGAUCUCUUGAGAGUUUGAGGCCAGCCUGGU